AUGUCUAACAUUACCUUUUUAUUAACUUUAUCAGAAGAAUAUUAUCCUAUCAACAAGGGUUACUACACUGCUGCAAUACAAUAUGAAAUAUCAAUGGCAAUUGUUCUUUUACCAAAUAUAUAUUUUUUAUAUAUUACAUUAUCAGAAUCAGUUUUUAAAAAAAGACCAUCUUUGAAAAAAACUAUUUUAACUUUUAGUAUUUUAAAUAUUACAUAUAUUAUUACUAAUUUAAUAAUUUCAUCUUAUUAUUUAAAUGGAUAUUUAAAUAAUGGAUUAAUAAAAGUAAACACAUGUUAUUAUAUUCGUAGAAUACAAAUGUUAUUAAUGACAUUCUUGGUUACAAUUCCUUUGGUUUUUACUGUUCAUAGAUAUUUUACAGUUUUUUCAAAAAAUAAUUAUCAAAAUUAUAUAUGUUUAAUAGUUUUCAUUAUAUCAAAUUUUCCAUCAUUUACAUUAUUUUCAACAUUAUUCAUUACUUCAAAUGUUGUAUGGACACCUGAUGAAAUAUGUACUUUUAUUAGAAAUUCAGCAUCAACUACUAUAAAUAAUAUCAUUGGCCUGAUCUACUAUUUUACAUUAGGAGUUCCUUUAAUUGUUGGAAUUAUAAAUUUAUUUUUGAUUAGACGUUUAAAUACAUUAACAGUAACUUCUUCAGCUGCAAAAUGUAAUAGAAGUGAAAAUAAGACAAUUUUUGUCAACUUACUCAUUCAAACAAUUCAACCUUUUAUUGGACAAUGGCCAUCUAUACUUUUUUAUUUUUACUUAGUGUCAACUAAAAAUAAUAUUUACGUUGUUUGGCGUAUAUUAGAUGGACUUACAGCUAUAAGUUUAGUUUCAAAUAUUUUAUUUUCAAUUAUUUUUAUAAAAGAAGUUAGAAAUGUAGUAUUUAGAAGGAUAGGUAUUAAUCAUGUAAGUGCUGUAAUAAAUGUUGUAACAAUGACACAUGACAAUGGAUUCAAAUCACCAUCUAAAAAAACAAUUGCUAUUAAAGUUUAG